AUGGCGCCCUACAACGCCAAUGAGGAGGUGGCCCCGCCCUUCCAGACCAUGUAUUUCUCCAACGAGUUCAUGAUGAAGUAUGAACCUUUGGCCACGGCCAACCGCAGGCUCAUUGAGGACAAGAAUGACACCGAUGCACAGAAGAUCUAUGAUGAGCACUUCCCCUUGUACAAGAACUACGAUUGGUGCAGCUCCUGGGACGGGACCAAGUACGACUUGGUCUUCUACGGGGUCUCUGGGUACACCGGAUAUCUGAUGAUGGAGUACCUGAAGCGCGUGUCCCUGAAGCGCACCGCGGAAAGCUUCACCUUUGCCUUCGCCGGACGCACGCCUGGGCGGGUGCAAGAGCUCAGGGAUCGGGAGUUCGCCGGCACCAUUUGGGAGGAUACCCCAGUGAUGCAGAUGUCUUAUGACGACCCUUACUCCAUUAUUGACCUUGUGAAGAGUGCCAGGUGCAUCAUCAACGUGGCGGGCCCUUACAUGCUCACACAGGGAGAGCUUAUGAUCGAUUGCUGCAUCACCAUGGGAGUCCACUAUUGCGACAUCAGCGGAGAGAUCCCCUGGUCCCGCCGCAUCACACCCCUGCACCGCUACGCUGAACGCAACGGGGCCUUCAUCAUCCCCUCGGCCGCGUCUGCGGGUGGGUUCCCCGACUUGUGCACCUUCCUUUGUGCCAAGAAGGCACGGGAGGACUACGGGGAGGAGCUCCGGAAGGCCAUUUGCUACGUCAACGGCGGCGGCGCCGUCGCCACGGCUUCCGGCGGUACGCUGAAGACACGUGCCACCAUGGCCUCGGGCGGCGACGACACAAGGAAGAUGAUGGGAGAUCCCUAUGCUUUGGGCGGCUUUGUGCCAGAUCGCGAUCGACAUGGUGUCAAGUACUGCAACAUCGAGUUCGGCACUGGCAAGGUGACCACCAAGGUGCGUGCCGAGGAUUUGGAUGCGAACAUGUCCAAGAUCUCCGAAGACAAGCACUUGGGCAUUUGGCGCGGACCGAAUGUGUACUCCUAUUUUGACACGCGCAUCGUUCGGCGCUCCAACAUGCUUUUGGCGGACAUGGGCGGGAAGCCGUAUGGGAAGAGCCUGAACUUCCUGCAGUUCUCUGUGCUGCCGACGGAGAUGCUGCUCCAGGCGAAGGGCGCUGGUGGUGGCGCGGGCGGUGGCGCUGGGGGCGGUGCGGGCGGCGGUGCUGGCGGAGGCAGCGUGGAGGCGGAGAGGAAGGCACUAGAGGCCAAAGGUGUCUACUACAAGGCCGGCGAAGGCCCGCCCUUGGAAGAGCUUGACGAUGCCUGGAGCGCCUGGUUCCUGUGGUCUCAGACAAACAAGGGCCGCGAGAUUCAGUGCGAUUUCAUCGGGCGGGACGGCUACUUUGAAACUGCCCGCAUCGCUGUGGAGACGGCGAUGACUCUAGUCUUCGACAGGGAGGUGCUGCCCUUCCGCGGUGGCGUGCUGACCCCGGCGGUGGCCUGCGGAGAGGCUCUGGCCAGUCGCCUCAUCAACAGUGGUGUGAAGUUCAAGAUGGGAGGCUGGCAUGGUGUGGAAGAGUCGGGGCCCAAGAGCCCACUUGGGCCAUGA